AUGGACUCGAAGCCCGAGGGAACUGAGGAGGUGGACGCGGACAUCAUCGCCGACCUUCCUGGAGACGGGACGGAGGAGACGGAGGUCGAGAAGAAGCAGCGACUGGCCAAGGAGAAGAAAGAGGCUCUCAAAGAGUGGGGUGGGACGGCUUCCUUCGGCCGACUGCUCUCGCUUGCCACGUGGACGGACCUGCUGAUCUUGGUACUUGGCAUCUUGGGCGCAAUCGCCUCCGGGGCGGGGCAGCCUAUGAUGUGCCUCAUGUUCGGCGACCUCAUCGAUGGCUUGGGAGCCACCAUGUUCACCAACUUCGACAUGGCUGCCAUGUCGAACAUGACCGCCGCAGAGCAGACUGCAGCAAUCGAGGCGCUGACGGCGGAAGCCCAGGCUGUCAUGCUCCAGAAUGUGGGCGAAACGGCGAUCAACUUCAUUCUGAUCGGCUGUGGCGUCUGUGUCGCCGCCUCCCUGCAAGGGUGGGGCUUCGCGUACUUCGCCGACAGCCAGGUGAAGAAGAUGAGGCCAUUGUACUUCGACCUGAUGCUUCACCGAGAUGUGGGCUGGUUCGACACACAUAGCCCCGGUGCUUUGCCAGGCGAGAUGAUGGCGGACUUGGAAGCCUUGCACGAAGCCUUCGGCACCAAACUGGGCGUGAGCGUCAUGUCCUUCUCGGGCUUGGUCAUUGGCCUCACCGUGGGAUUCAUCCUGUCGUGGCAGAUUGCCCUGCUCAUGCUUGCCACGCUGCCCUUGAUGGCGGGAGGAGCAGUUAUCAUGUCGUCCGCAGUGCUGGAUUUCGUGCAAGAAGCGCAGGGCCCUUACGAGAAGGCUGCAACCCUGGCGGACGAGAUGCUCUUUGCCAUCCGCACUGUCGUCGCCUUUGGCGGCGAGGCGCGUGAGAUCCGCCGCUAUUCUGCAGCUGUUGAAUCUGCAUCAAGAGGAGGCCUCCGGAACCGAAUUAAGACCGGCGUCGGCAUGGGCUACAUAUGGUUCGUGUACUUUGCGGCAAUGGCCUUGGCAUUCUGGUUCGCGUCGAAGCUGAUGUAUGAUGGCCAGGAGGAUCUGACCUCGGGGAAAGUCAUGGCAGCUUUUACUUGCGUUCUCACCGUGGGCUUCAUGGUCGGCAACAUUGCCCCGGGAUUUGCCAACAUCGCGGUGGCGAAGGCUUCCAUGGCCAGGUUCUUUUACCUGGUGAACCAUGAAUCUACGAUUCAGAAACGACUUCGCGAUGAUCGCGAGGUGAUCGGGCCAAUCGAGACGCUUCAACUGGACGAGGUCCACUUCGCGUACCCGGCGCGGCCGGACAUCAAAGUACUCCACGGCCUCUCCCUGACCAUCCAGAAGGGCCAGAAGGUGGCGGUGGUGGGGGAGUCUGGCAGUGGCAAGAGCACCAUCAUGGCCCUCCUGGAGCGCUUCUACGACCCCCUGGAGGGCGCGGUGCGCGUGAACGGCAAGGAUCUGAGGAACAUCAACAUUCAGUCCUACCGCAAGCAGAUCGGCUAUGUGGGCCAGGAGCCCGUGCUCUUCGCCACCAGUGUCCGCGAGAACAUCCUGCAGGGGAGCAGCAUGCAGUUCGUGGGUCGGUAUUAA